AUGAGAACAAGAAAUUUGAAUUCUGAGUGUGUAUUGUGCCUUUCACCCACUUCCAAUAUCAGCGAUGCCUUCCAAAAAUUUGGAAUUAAAGACGAUUCAACAGAGCUUAUCUGCCUAAACUUUCACAAUAACACCAGUGAUUUGGAUAAAGAACAAUUGGCCAAGGAAUUAUCUUCUAUAGUGACCGGUGUAGAGAUCGAGUUUAACGAUAAGAAUUUAUCAAGGUUUUAUGACGAAACACUCAUAAGAAAAAUUUAUAAAUUGAACAAUGAUUUCAAGCCUGAAGGUGUUAAAGACCUUUCAAGGGCUUUGGUAAAUGCCAUUCAACUAAGAGGUAUAUAG